AUGAAUCAGUAUCGGGAUGAGUUUUUUCGUUAUAUGGUGGAGGAUAUGAACAACUUUGAUGUUGAUGAUUCUGACCAAGAUGAAGAAGAGAGCGACGCUCCAAAAUUUCCAAAGUUCGCCGAGUUGCCGUUGAGCCUUGUUGCUGAAAUAAUGGAAAAAUGUUGUGUCAAAACCAGAAAUCGUUUGUCUAUGUGCAACAAGAAAUUAAAUGAGCUUGAGCCAACCGUUCAACACCGCAUUGAUGUAGCGGGAAUUGAGGAGCUUUUCGUCAUCAGUGAAGAUUUUUAUAAUGUCUUUUUCACAAAUGGCGACGACAACUCGACGUUCAAUUUUGGUGAUCCAAAAAGUAUUAUGGACCCAAAUUACAGUGUACCUGUCAGGCCAGCCGAUGCAGACGUCAAAUUUUACGAAGACCCGUAUGAGCUUUUUCACCAUUUUGUUAGGCGUGCCAAUUACGAAAUCUCAUACCUCAAGCUGUUUUUAAAGCCAGACACACCGAUUUUUGACAAAAUCCCAAUGGCGAACUUCCAAAAUUGCAUUAAAUUGGAGGUUACUUGCUGCAACGUCUUGCAUGUAAAACAACUCAUGGAAUCUAUUAAUCCAAAGCAGGUCAAUCUUGUUUUCAUGCAAGAGACUCUCACGGAAUUGGAUGUUGAUACUCUAGAUGCUUGCUUGAAGGAUCGCGAAAAUGUCUCAGUGCUCUUCUGGGGCAGUCGCGUCUCAUACGAAAUUUCAAAGCGUGUUCACGUGGAACACCUCACGUUUAACUCGACGCGAUUUUUUUCCGACAGCUUUGUUGAAUUUCUGAGGGAUUGGGUCAACGGAGAAAUCCCAGUGAAAUUAAGGCAGGUCCAAAUCAAAACAAGUCAUCUGUCUAUUCCACUAAUCUUGCGAUCAAUUUCGGGUUUUGUGACGCCUAUUGAAGAUUUGAAUUCCUUGGGACUGGGCGUCAGUGAUCGAUAUUUCCUAGUUGGUCGCGUAUUCAGUGUGUCCGGAAAGCACGAUCGCAAAAAUGCCAUUUUAAUUUUCAAUCGGCACCAAAUAGUUUUUCAGAUGCCAUUGUAA